CGGCUAGGUCGUCCCCCUUCCCACGCCCCCCCCCUCGGGCCUGCCCCUCCUUCCGCGCGCCCCCGGCGCGUCGCGGCGCGCGCACAUGUGCGAUGACGCCGCGGCCCGGGAAGAUAGAGGUGCCCAUCUCGGGGGAGGUCAUCUCCCGACGGAAGGUUGACCGCAAGGCCCGUGGAGACGAUGACGAGGUCACCAACGACUUUUCCAAGGUGGUCCGGAUGGACGGGCCUUCGAAGCUCAAUUGGCUUUGCAAGGCACUGCCCAUGGUCCGGAGAAGAAGAAUGCCGCCUGCUGAGUUCCUCGAGAUCGUCACGAACCAGCGGUUCGCUGCAAACCUCGACGACUUUAUGCCUUGGGGUGGUCAAAUGGUGA